CCACUUGCCACUUGUCAUGUCCUGUCAAUCACUCGUUUGUGUGGAUACAGUUCAUCCGAAUUGAAUUUCAUAUUUCAUAACUUUCGAAAGGAGAGAGUCUGGACCAGAGCGUCGUCAGGGUCUCAUAACGCCAUCUCCCAAGGGGGAAUUGGGCGGGAAGAGAGAAGUUGGAAAGCAAUCAAAAGCUGUAAAGGUAGCAAACAGACAAAGGAAAAGCCUUCUGUAGCAGAAGAGGUGGCAGACAACGUGAGACGAUUAUGCAAAGAUUCUUGAUUUGUGGCGGAACGUGUUGACAGACCGACCUUGUAUGUGAACAAAAUCCAUCAUCAGGGUCUCGCGAUUCAUCAACGCCGUCUCCCAAGCUAACCCCCACGUGGACCCCCCCAAAACGCAAGGUGCCGCACGCACCGCACGUCCCCUCGCUCCAGGAACACAACCGAUGUAGGUAAACUUUGUUACAUCAUCGCUCUGUGCCUUUUGCUCGUUCCCUUUCCCUUUUCCUUUUCUCCCUCAACCACCCUACCAACACUUUUUCUCUAUCUUAUCUUUCGACCCAUCUACCUCUUUUGUUUUAUAGGGUACGGACGCUCGCCAUUUAUUAUCGCGGAAAAUAGUACGCGCGAACGUGCACGCGAAUCGGAAACGAGCAAAGACGCAAGAGAUAGCUACGCGGUUUCCCACUCGAAGGAAAGGGAGUUGAUUGAGACGGAAGAUUAUCAAAGUCACUCUUUCUUGGAGAAAACCAAGUGGAACAGAAGCGAAAAUGGCCUUCCGAUGGUACCAAGCGAAGCUCAAGAGCGCACCGCUCAUGACCUCGAGUAUCACUACGGCUGUCCUCUUUGCGACCGGCGACGUAAUGGCGCAACAAGGCGUCGAGGGACGAGGUCUAGAGAAGCACGACCUGAAACGAACAGGUAGAAUGGCCGCCUACGGCGGAGUCAUCUUCGGACCCGCCGCGACCAAAUGGUACGGCUUCCUCGCACGCAACAUCAACCUGCGCUCCACCAACGGCACCAUCGCCGCCCGCGUCGCCGCUGAUCAAUUCAUCUUCGCGCCCACAAACAUGUUCGUUUUCCUCUCCUCCAUGGCCUACCUCGAAGGUGCUUCACCCCGCGAACGCCUCCAGCAGGCCUACGUCCCGGGCCUGACCAAGAACUUCAUGGUCUGGCCCUGGGUCCAGGCCAUCAACUUUAAAUUCGUGCCCCUCGAUCUCAGAGUCCUGGUCGUCAACGUCAUCAGUUUGGGUUGGAACUGCUAUCUGAGCUUUUUGAACUCGGGUGGCAAUGGUGGAAAGGAGGCUGCUGGUAAAGAAGGUGGAGAGUUGCCUCCUUCGUAG